UUUAUGUGAUAUGAUAUGUAAAUACCUAAGAAUGGGGUGUUUUGUAUGUAAAUGCCCCUUUUUCCAAUCAUAAAUUCUUCUUAACUUAUAACUAAGUUUGAAACCAACACACGUUCCUGUAUCUUCAGUGACCUCAUAGGAUUAUUCUUAUCUACUCUAUUCUACGUUGCUUCUUUUGGCGGGCUUACUCUCAUGUACUUCAUCUACGUCUCCGAUGAAACGGGGAUUCUUAAUAUUUUUUUCAUUACAUGGACUGCAAUUUUAGUGAAGAUAAUGAUGGCUAUAUCUUUGCACUCUAAGGUUAAUAAAGGGCUUCUUUCAUCUGGAAUGAUGGGAUUAUACAUCGUAUUUCUCUGUUGGUCCGCUAUUCGAAGAGAACCCUUCACUUCGAAAAGAAAUUCCCACAACAGAAUAUCAGAGAAUGUGGAUUGGACUACCAUUUUUAGCUUCCUCUUUGCAGUAUGCUCAAUCGUAAUAUCGACCUUUAUGAUGGGAAGUGAUUUCCAAUCUCUUAAGUUUAGAAAGGAUGAGGUUCAAACAACAGAUGAUAUACCCUACAGCUAUGAAUUAUUCCACUUCAUCUUCUCUAUGGGAGCUAUGUACUUCGCAAUGUUAUUUAUCAGCUGGGAAUUGGAUCAUCCCACUAGAAAAUGGAGUAUUGAUGUUGGUUGGGCUAGUACUUGGAUCAAAUUUAUAAAUGAAUUUUUGGCUGUUACCUUAUACC